CGCAGUGCAUAUCCAUUUCUUUUUGUUGCAGAGGGGUUUAUGCUUCCAUCUCUACCCCUGAGAUCUCGAAUUAUUUCUGCACGAAAUUAAAAAAAUUGGAAAAAUUGGAAAAAUGUCGUCUUUGGGUACAUCAAAAGGGGUUUUGGAGAUCGCGAAAUUUGCAGUAUACGUCACCGUUCCGAUCGGGAUGAUGUAUUUCUUCGCCAGCAACACCAAAAAUCUCCAGAAAUUCAUGGGCAAUCGUCAAUACGUUGUGUACCCACCGGAGGGGCCAAGGCCUCCAUCGCCGGAGGAAAUGAGGGAGAUGGCUCGAGAAUUAGCUCGAAUUAGAGAUGGGACCCGCUGAUGGAUUUCUCGUUUCCCUCUACGAGACCAUGAUCUUAUGAGUUUAUUAUGACCACCAUCAUCAUGUAUGUGCUGUUCCAAUAAUUUUCCAGGGACUUAUCUGUAAAUUUUUGUUGUGAGUUCGACGGAAACUAACUGUUUCAAAUACACGUGUGUAACGGUUUCGACAACAUUCGAUCAAUACACGAAAUGCUCAUUUUGCAGAGCCUGUUACUA